UGUGUGCGUGCUCCUGCGCAUGACGUGCUAGCGCAAAGCGCGGCCUUCAGCUGUAUGCUCGUGCUCAGCAUAACAACAAGACUCGUGGAUUUCUUAUUUCACAGACGCUCGCGAUCAAAAAACCCUCCGAACGUUAAUCACACCGCCGGUCUGGAGGAUGGCGGAGACGGUAAAGUACGUGGACGAGGACCAUAAGAGUGUGUUCCUGAAGCUGCUCAACGAGCAGCGGCUGGAGGGCGAGCACUGCGACAUCGCCGUGGUGGUGGAGGACGUCAAGUUCCGCGCGCAUCGCUGCGUCCUCGCCGCCUGCUCCAACUACUUCAAGAAACUCUUCAAGAAACACGAGGUGGACAACUCGUCGGUGAUCGAGAUCGACUUCAUCCGCUCGGACAUCUUCGAGGAGGUGCUGAACUACAUGUACACCUCCAAGAUCUCCAUCAAGAAGAGGGACGUCAACCUCAUGAUGUCCUCCGGGCAGAUUCUCGGAAUCCGCUUCCUGGACAAGCUCUGCUCCCAGAAACGAGAUGUGACGUCGGAGGAGAAAGAUAAGUUCCCGUAUGACAUCGUUAAGAUGGCCCUCCCGCCUGAAGCUCAGCUACCUCCCGAUGCAGAGGUUCUUGGUGAUGAACCGUCUGCCACUGAUGACCUGGACUCCUCAGCCAAUCAGGAGCUAGAGAAAUCGCCCAACUCUGCCCUCCGUGUCCAAGAGGCUCUUAUUCUGAAAGAGCUCGCCACAGAGGAUGUACACAAGGUUUCUUGUUAUGACCAGGAUGGGUCGGAGAUGGAGACGGAGCCUAAAGAGUUAGGGGCGGGGCAUCACACCACCCAGACGCUGUCAUUCGCCGACAGCAUCGGGGAGGUGAAGGAUGGGCAGGCUCCCGGUUGGUCGACGGCCACGACGGACAUGAAGUUUGAAUAUCUACUGUACGGACACCGAGAGCAGCUCGCCUGCCAUGUGUGUGGGAAGACCUUCCUGGACGAGAACCGGCUCAGGAAACAUGAAAAGCUCCACUCAGCCGAUAGGCCGUUCGUCUGCGAGAUCUGCAGCAAAGCCUUCACCACCCACGCCCACCUGAAAGAACAUCUAAAGAUCCACACUGGGUUCAAACCGUACCGCUGUGACGUCUGCGGGAAGUCCUUCAUCAGAGCGCCGGACCUGAAGAAACACGAGCGCGUCCAUAGCAACGAGAGGCCCUUCGCCUGUCAGAUGUGUGACAAGGCCUUUAAACACAAGUCCCACCUGAAGGACCACGAGAGGAGACACCGUGGAGAGAAGCCCUUCGUCUGCUCCUCCUGCACCAAGGCCUUCGCUAAGGCGUCGGACCUGAAGCGCCAUGAGAACAACAUGCACAGUGAGAGGAAGCAGCUGUCGUCGUCGGGGGGGCUGCAGACGGAGACGGAGACCCUCCAGGCCGCUGCCAUGGCGGCCGAGGCCGAGCACCAGCUAGACAACAUCGCCUGUUCCUAGCAGAGCACCCCCAGACCUGAGACCC